AUGGCUUCAAUCUCUGAAACUUUCGAAGACAGUUCUAACGGCGGCGAUUCAAACAAGAAACCAGAAGAACUCCACAAGAACCCACAAGAAGAAGAGAAUCAAAACGAGAAACCUCAAGAGGAAGAACAAGUAGAGAAUCUUGUACCGGUUACUCGAUACAUCCCAGAAGAUAUCGCCGAAAGCAUCCUCUUACUCGUCGAGAGAUGUAAUUACCCUAAGGUAUCUCUCUUCUCAAGUUCCUUUCAUGACGUCAUCUCUUCGUCGAGACUCUACCAAAGGCGCUCGCAACUCGGCCUCACCGAACCGGUUCUUUACGCUUCGAUCCGAUUCCCUCCUUAUAUCAUACCGAGCUGGUUCAUUCUCAACCGUAACGUUCCAAGAAACAUCUCUUUACGAUUGACCGAAGUCAGAUCACUUCCUCCUAUGAAUCUUGGAUCUGCUGUGGUCACAAUCGGAUACCACAUGUAUGUGAUCGGUGGAGACAACGGAAGAUAUCGAUCCACAUCGGAGGUGUGUCGCAUCGAUUGCAGAUUCCACACAUGUCGCUCGCUCCCGAGAAUGCAGAGGACUCGCUACUGUGCAGCUGCCGGAGUAAUCGACGGAAAGAUUUACGUGAUCGGAGGUUGCGAGCAGAGAGAUGAUAAUUGGAUCGAGGUGUUCGAUGUAGAGACUAAAACUUGGAGUAAUGUGCCAGUGCUUGGUCCACCCCGCUCUGUACUUGGAGUGGAAAUUUCUUGGCAUAUGUGGUGA